CUGACUUGUCUGUUCUUGUUGUUAGAGCCAUCAAACAGCGAAGGGGCCAGCAAAGUCAGCCUCCUGAAGAAAGUGCCAGCCCUGAAGGAUGGAGACUUCACCCUAGCAGAAUGCACUGCUAUCCUCCUGUACCUGAGUCGGAAGUACAACACUCCUGACCACUGGUACCCAUCAGACAUACAAAAACGGGCGCAGGUAGAUGAAUACCUCUCAUGGCAUCAUGCUAACAUCCGGGCUAAUGCUCCUAAGACCAUGUGGAUCAAGGUGCUGAUUCCCCUUUUCACCGGGCAGCCGCUGCCUGCGGAGAAGCUUCAGGAGGUUAUGGAGGGGCUGUGCACUUCGCUGAAGCAAUUUGAGGAGAGGUUUCUGCAGGACAAGGCUUUCAUCGUCGGCAGCGAGAUUUCUCUCGCGGAUCUUGUGGCCAUUGUGGAGCUGAUGCAACCUGUCGGAGUCGGUUGUGACAUCUUUGAGGACAGACCUAGGCUGAUGGAGUGGCGCAGGCGGGUGGAGGAAGCUGUGGGGAAAGAGCUUUUCUUCCAAGCCCAUGAGAUGAUCCUGAAUAUCAAAGAACUGAGCAACAUUCAAAUCGAUCCACAGCUGAAAGAGCACCUGGCACCUGUGUUGAUGAAGAUGUUGAAAUGAAUUAAGCUAUGUUACCAUUUUUCCUGCCCUCCUUUUUUUAACCUCCUCCCUGAUCUCCAGUUCUAUAUGUAACUGGAAAGAGCUCUCUAACUCUUACGUAGAAAUUGCAGGACCCCCCAACCCUUUCCUGAAUCUUUGAGGGUAGAAGAAGGGGAAGUUUUGAGACCCGAAACAUUACAUUUAUACACAAGGCUGAGGCCCUAUGGGUCAUUUAAUAUGUGCACUUGAGUUUUAUUUUAAAGUGUCAGUAUUCUCAGAGUUGGUGGAGACAUGAGUGCUACUUCCUGACAAAAUCUGAGCCAGCCUGUGAACUGGGAACAUCAGAGAACUGUGGAGGGUGAGGAUCCUUGCUUUCCCGUGUUUUGUAACACCGGCUGCUUGAAGUUCUUCGCAAGCGGCAAGCACUGCAACACGUGCCCAAUCCUCACCUUCCCAGCAGCUCUGUGCACAGAUAAUUCCAGAGCAAAACUACAGCGGGCCACAGAAGUGAGAAAAGACAUUGAAUUUUUCUUUGGAAACUUUCUUAUUGCUGGGGCUUCUUGCUUGGCUGUCCGAGUACAUUCCACAGUUCUUCAGUUUGCCUUUAGGCUCCUGUGAAAAGUUUCUUCAUAUUCAUCUGCAACUGUGAUUCUUUUCCCUGUAAUUAUUCAGUUUAACCACGACUCUCCACUUUUGAAAGCCUGGCUUUCAUUGGCACUUGGUCUAACGGUAGACAUGUGGUAGGGGAAAUUCCUGGAGAUUUGUGUAGUAAAGACCAAAGCGAAUACAAAAAAACUGAGUGGCCACAGCCCUCAAACAAUUGCCUACCUAAAAUACUCUGUUGAUCUAAUAUAGGGAAUACACUGAAAGAAUGCAUUCACAAUGAUUUCUUGAAAGAGAAUAUGAUAGCUAUCAAAAUGUUUUUUUCUGUGGUAAUAGUAUAAUAGCAACCCACAUUCCUCCUAGGAAACGCAGAGGAGGGAGAAAUCUAGACAUGCUCUUCUGAGACUGUUUUGGAUGGAAGCUCACUGAGUAAGUCACCCUAUGCGACUGAAGUAAUAAGAGAGAUUUUGUGGCAUUGAGUAACAUGCAUCACAAUAAAAGGGCAGAGAGUUAU